AUGCAGAACCAGCGCGCGAUCGGCCGCCCCGAAGCCCAGUGCCACCAGCGUUUAGAGGCAAUCAGAGCCCCCAACACCGAUGAGAACGGCACAUAUGCACCCAUAGAGCGGGUUAUUCCGACCAAACUUGAGAGCUGGGUCGAAGCAACACCAUACCGCUAUGACGAAUUUGCCAACCGCGAGACCGACUGGGACAGCCAAGCUUGCAUCUACGAGGGGGAUGGCGAAGAAGGCGAUUCACCUCUCUUGACCCUCACCAGCACACCAAUCUGGCUGGGCUUCGCUUCCAAUACGCGCAUCAACGGCACCAGCACCAGCACUCCAUAUGGCACUGGCACUGGCACUCCUAUCCCACAGCAUAUUCGUCCAUUGUCCGGACAUUCUGAGGCUGUCGCUCUCUAG